AUGAUCGCCCGCGUCGCCACCGCUAUCGUCGCCCUUGCUGCCGCCACCGCCGUCGGCGCCACCGCUGUCAUUCCCCGUAGCACCUGCAGCACCGGCGAAAUUAAGUGCUGCAACUCCGUCCAGCAGGCCAACUCGCCGUCCGCGGCCGCGCUUCUUGGCCUGCUCGGCGUCGUGGUCCAGGGUGUCGACGUCCUGGUGGGCCUGACCUGCGACCCCAUCUCGGUCGUUGGUGCCGGGGGUAACAGCUGCUCCGCAAACACCGUCUGCUGCGAGAACAACAGCUACGGCGGCCUCAUCAGCAUCGGCUGUGUCCCCGUCACCCUCUAA